AUGCCUGCUAAAGGAGCCAUGUCACGAGCAGAGUUUUUCAAUUCCUUGAAAAUGUCAUAUAACUUCUUUUCAAAACGGACUAGGCAUCCAAACAUUUAUAUAGCCCUGAUUUUCGCUCUGAUUUCUAUGAGAGGAUGGAUGGAUUUCUAUGAAAAGGGCUUCAGAGACAUGCUGGAAAAAAGGCCACCCAUCAAGGAGAAUGGGUUUGAAAGACCAAGCAUUGUUCCUGGCGAAAUGAUUGUUUUUAUGAUGCUGAAGCUUUGGUGGUGGUCUAUUGAUUUUGUUUCUAAAAUGACUUUCGAAGUGCUUAUAACACCGAUUGGCGGAAUUAUUGCUCAGUACAUUCUCACACAGAUGAUAUUUACAGAAGACCCGACAGUGUUUGAUGUUGUGCCGUCUUAUUGUGAAUAUGUAAUAACUGAAAGUAGUAAGGCCAUUGCAAAAAUAGUAAGGCUUCUUUUUGUGAACAUGUCUAAUUGUUUUGUUCAGCUUUGUAGCGAUUUUUAUUUUAUUUUCGUAAAAGAUAUUUCACCAUACAAGAAGAAUUCGUUAUCAUUCAUAUGCUUCAUGGUUAUUAUUGCAUUCCUCAAGCUUUACCAUCUUCAAAAGGUUUUCUAUAUCAAUAACGAAGCGAGUGAUGUCAACAGUGAAAAGGAAAAACAAUAUAUCGAGACCAUGGAUCUAUUUCCUGUGGUUAAAAUGAGUGGCGAAGAAAAAAAAAUGAUGUCCAGAUACAGUCGAACACUUAACAGAUGGGAAAAUCUAACAAUAAAGGGUAAAGUAUUGUUGUUCUCCAACGACUUCGUCUUCAACUUGCUUUGCGAUGUUGUAGUGUCAAGUAUAACGAUUUUGUAUAUUGCAAAUAAAAAUGAAAAUUCAGAAUUUGAGAUGAAUUUAAAAGACAACUGUGGUGAAAUUAGUAACUUUAACAGAGUUCUUGUUUACAUUCCCAAUUGCUUCAUAUCAGCCAUGAAGUUUUACAGAGAUCUAGCUGAAUCCGUUGUUCUUUCACAAAAAUUGAUGAUUUAUUUAGACUAUAUCCGAGAGUUGAAGAAUGAAAAAAUCAGGAUCAGCUCGUUCUCAGAAAGCAUCGAGGUCAAGGACCUGAGCUACACAUGCAAGGACAAGCUUGUCUUCAAUAACGUCAGCUUCGUCAUCAGCAGGGGAAGCAAGGUGGUUCUGUUCGGCAAGAAUGGCACGGGGAAAAGCUCCAUCUUCAAGCUGCUUCUCGGCUUCGACAAGUACAGAGGCACCAUCCUGUUCGACGGCAUUGAGCUGUCAAGACUGUGCAUAUCCGACUAUAGACGACUCAUAACAUAUGUCCCGCAGGACACCAGGCUGUUUGACGAAAGCAUCUACUACAACCUGGCAUACGGCAACAGCAAGUCGUUCAAGGAAAUCAUCGAGGAGUGCAAGAGCAUGGGGAUACACGACGCCAUCAUGUCGUUUCCCAGCGGAUACAAUACCGGAGUUGGCGAGGGGGGCAAGAGCAUAAAUGGAGGGCUGAAGCAGAAGAUAUUCUACACAAGGGCGUUUCUGAGAGACAGCGAGAUAUAUCUCUUUGACGAGCCCACAAACAACCUCGAUGCAAACCACAGCAGAUUUUUGCUGGAGUAUAUCCGAAGCCCCCGGUAUGCGGAGAAGACAUUCUUUGUGAUAUGCCACGACAGGGAUAUUGCAAACGAGUUUCCAACCAAGUUUAGACUCGACAAGGAGUGCAUUGAGGUUGUUGAGCGGGUAUAG